AGCCACGCUAGCUUUUGUACAUAAAAAAGUGAAAACCACAAGCCACAUUUAAGACAAUGCCAAACUCAUCAUAACCGUGCCGGCGACUCCUCACGACGUGUUCUCCUGGGCCCCACAAACACUUCUGCUCUCUCCUACAUAAAUCUCUCUAUGGACUAUGUUGUAAUAAUAUCUGUUUCCUCGUCAACUGAAAAUUAAGCAAAGCUAAAAUGAACCACACAACCAAACAAAUCUACUUAUUAUACGCCAUUGUUGUUUUCCUCAGCUGCUUUCAGUUGUCGCAGUGCCAGAGCGGCGCCGGAGACGGCGAUAUUUCCGGCCAGAUUGAUAAUCCGGCGGUGCUGCCGUAUCUUACGCAAGUCAUAUACGCGCGUCUAUCCAAUGCGACUUCUUCGGUUCUGACUUCCUCGGAGAUUAAUAGUAAAUUCAAGUUUUGCAUCAAAGAUCCGGAAGCUGAUUGGGAUAGAGCUUUUAACUUCUCUUCUAAUCUGGACUUUUUAACUUCUUGCAUUCAGAAAACUCAAGGAGAGGUAACAAAACGGUUGUGCACAGCAGCGGAUUUGAAGUUCUACUUCAAUCAUUUCUUUGAAUCGGGAAAUGUUGAUUAUUUGAAGCCUAACAAUAACUGCAAUUUAACCAAUUGGGGAGCUGGUUGCGAGCCAGGAUGGGCUGCGAGUGUUGGACCAGAUCGGGAUGUUGACUUGAGAGAUUCUAGAGAUAUGCCUACUAGAACAUCUGACCCUCAGCCUUGCUGUGAGGGCUUCUUCUGCCCUCGCGGCAUGACUUGCAUGAUCCCUUGCCCCUUGGGAUCCUAUUGCCCACUUGCGACUCUCAAUAAAGAUAACGGUGUAUGUCAACCGUACAAUUACCAACUUCCUCCUGCGCAGACAAAUCAUACUUGUGGCGGUGCAAACAUUUGGGCAGAUAUUCGUACGGGCAGAGACUUGUUCUGUUCAGGAGGAUCAUUUUGUCCAACAUCUACCCAAAAAAAUUCUUGCAGCAAAGGGCACUACUGUCGGAUGGGAUCUAAAUCAGAGAAGCGAUGUUUUAAAUUGACGUCCUGCGGACCCAACACAGAAAAUCAAAAUAUACAUGCAUAUGGAAUACUUUUAAUUGCUGCUUUAAGCACUCUUCUGCUAAUUAUGUACAACUGUUCUGACCAAGUUCUUACCACUCGAGAAAGGAGACUAGCUAAAUCUAGAGAAAGGGCAGCAAGAAGUGUACAUGAGAAAGUGAAGGCACGUGAAAGGUGGAAAUCUGCAAAAGAAGCUGCUAAAAAACAUACCAGUGGAUUACAAGCUCAAAUAUCUCGCAAAUUCUCUCGUAUAAAAAGCGUCAAGCAUCCUGAACAUUCUAGAAUUGAAGUGGACGAUGAUCAAUCACUAGUUCAGAACUAUACAACUGCAAGUGCCUCUCAGCAACAGGAUGCUAUUUUUGACGGAAAGAAAAUGAAUCCAAGUGAUAUAGUGAAGAUGAUUCAUGCAAUUGACGACGACCCCAAUAGUUUCAGUUUGGAGAGUGGAUACAGUGAUAUGAAAAAGAAAGUGCCUAAAGAAAAGCAAGUUCAAACUCAUAGCCAGAUAUUCAAUUAUGCUUAUUCUCAACUUGAAAAAGAGAAAGCUAUCCAGCAGCAAAACAAGAACAUGACCUUCUCAGGACUGAUUAACAUGGCUGCCAAUACAGAAACAAAAAAACGACCUAAAAUUGAGAUUUCUUUCAGGGAUUUAACUCUAACGUUGAAGGGGACAAGCAAACAAAUCUUGAGAUGUGUUACUGGGAAAAUCAUGCCUGGGCGCAUAACCGCUUUCAUGGGGCCAUCUGGUGCUGGAAAAACAACAUAUCUUUCUGCUUUGGCAGGAAAAGCUGUUGGAUGCACAAUCACUGGUUCAAUACACAUCAACGGUAAGUCGGCAUCAAUCCAUUCAUACAAGAAAAUUACUGGGUUUGUGCCGCAGGAUGAUGUUGUCCAUGGAAACUUGACAGUUGAAGAGAACAUAUGGUUCAGUGCAAGCUGCAGACUAUCUGCAGACUUGCCAAAGCCAGAUAAGGUUCUGAUUGUUGAAAGAGUAAUUGAGUCUCUGGGGUUGCAGGAAGUAAGGAAUUCUGUGGUUGGAACAGUAGAGAAGCGAGGCAUUUCUGGAGGCCAGAGGAAGCGAGUGAAUGUUGGGCUUGAAAUGGUGAUGGAACCUUCACUUUUAAUCCUAGAUGAACCUACGUCUGGUUUGGACAGUUCAUCAUCCCAGCUACUUCUCAGAGCACUUAGACGUGAAGCACUUGAAGGGGUGAACAUCUGUAUGGUUGUACACCAACCGAGCUACACCUUGUUUAAUAUGUUCGAUGAUUUGGUACUUCUAGCAAAAGGCGGUCUUACUGUCUAUCAUGGUCCAGUAAGAAAAGUCGAAGAAUAUUUCUCCAAGAUUGGAAUUGUUGUCCCAGAUCGUGUUAAUCCUCCAGACUACUUCAUUGAUGUUUUGGAAGGAAUAGUUAAACCAAAAUCAGGUGUGAGUUACAAGGAACUUCCUGUCAGAUGGAUGCUUCAUAAUGAUUAUCCAGUGCCUCCUGAUAUGCAGCAAACUUCUGUUGAACUUGCUAUGUCGACACCAGGCUCAGAUUUAGGUCAUCAAAUAGAUCUUGCACAUAAUAUUACAAUCGAACAUUCUUUUGCUGGGGAAAUGUGGCAGGACGUAAAGUAUAAUGUGGAGUUGCAGCGAGACAUACUACGACACAACCUCUUGAGAUCUAAAGACUUGUCUAAUCGGAAAACUCCAGGAAUUCUCCUUCAGUACAAAUACUUCCUUGGAAGGGUUGGUAAGCAGCGAUUACGGGAAGCUAGGAUACAAGCAAUAGAUUAUCUCAUAUUAUUACUUGCUGGAGCCUGCUUAGGAUCUGUUACUAAAUUCAGUGAUGAAACCUUUGGCGCUCCUGGUUAUACAUACACCAUCAUCGCUGUUUCUCUUCUAUGCAAAAUUGCGGCCCUGAGAUCAUUUGCGUUAGAUAAGUUGCAAUAUUCAAGAGAGAGUGCUGCUGGGAUCAGCAGCUUGGCUCAUUUUCUCUCAAAAGAUACAAUAGACCUUUUCAAUAUUGUAAUCAAGCCUGUGGUGUAUCUGUCAAUGUAUUAUUUCUUCAGCAACCCUAGAUCUUCCUUCGCAGAUAACUAUGUUGUAUUGCUCUGCCUUGUAUACUGUGUAACCGGUAUGGCAUAUAUCUUAGCCAUCUUCCUUGAGCCUGGACCGUCUCAGCUGCUCUCCGUACUUCUUCCUGUUGUCUUGACUCUCAUAUCCACUCAGAAUAGAGCUGGUGAAUUUGUUAAGAAAGUGGCGAACGUAUGCUACACAAAAUGGGCAUUGGAAGCAUUUGUAAUUGCAAAUGCAGAAAGGUACGAUGGAGUGUGGUUGAUAACUCGUUGUGGCGCACUGCAGCAAACUGGUUAUAAUCUUAACCACUGGGGUCUUCGUAUAUUCCUUCUCAUCCUUGCUGGUGUAAUUAGUAGGAUAAUAGCUUUCAUUGGUCUGGUCACCUUCAGAAAGAAAUGAUUCGAACUACCACCUUUAUGACCACAUAAAAAAUCAAGUACGGCCAUUGAAUUAGGAGCUUUGCAGCAAGUUACACGGCUAAUCAGUUGUAUCAAAUAGAAGAUUGCCAGAAAGUAUAUUUUGUACUUCUAAGAAUCGAUCAGGAGACUUUCCUAGGAUUGAUUAGGAGUUUGAAUAGUUAUUCAAUAUAUGUUACCAUUUAAUUGUAUAUUUAUUUAUCACACAUGUACAGGCACAUCUUAGAUUCUAGAGAACACUACCCUUGUACAUUACAGUAGCAUUUGGACUUCAAUUGUUAAGGAUUUUUAGACUUUUGUAUAAAAAGGUUUUGCUAGCUA